AUGUCGAACGCGCGCGACGACGCGUCGUCGCACGCGACGCUGGCGUACGGGUUAAAUCUUCCAAAGAAGAAACCGCGAGGGACGUCGGGCGGGAAACCCGCGCCGAGACCGGCGUUGGCGGCGUUCGCGUGCGAUUCCGACAGCGAUGAAGGUGAUGAUGACGAUCCCGUCAAGGCGCGGGAGCGGGCGAACGCGGAGGUGAAGCGACAACAAGAGGCGAUGGCGCUCAAGGCGAGACGAGACGCGGCGAGAGCGGCGACGACGACGAGCGAGGCGUUGAAGGAAGACGCGAACGCGUUUGAGUACGACGCGGUGUUCGAUGAUAUCGCAAAGUCACGAGGUGCGAAGGCGAAGGAGCUGGCGAGCGAACGCGUGGAGCGACAGUCGAGGUAUAUAGGAGAUUUGAUAGCCAAGGCGGAGGCGAGGAAGAAGGAGGACGACGCGUCGUACGAGAGACGACUGUUGAAGGAAAGAUUGAAGGAGGAUCACUUGUAUGCGGAUAAGGACAAGUUUGUGACGGCGGCGUAUAGAGCCAAGCUACAGGAAGACGCGAAGUGGUUGGCGGAAGACAAGGCGCGCGAUGCAGUGGAGGAAGAGGAAGAUGUCACAAAGCGUGGCGCCGGUGCGAUGACUUCGUUUUACUCCAACCUCAUGCAUAGGAAUUCAGCCAUGGGCGGCGAUGCAGCGAGAGACACGCGGCGAGCCGCGCCCGAACCCGAUGCAACGAAGCCAUCAAACGCGACGACGGCGCCUAAGCUCACGAGCGCGGCCGAUCGCGAUCGUGAACUCAUCGCGCGGGCGGCGGAGACGCCGGCGAUACCUCCGAUCCCGUCCGACGUGACGCUGGUGGAGAGGCCAACGAAAGCAGCGGGAGCCAUCGCCGUCGAGACGCCGCCACCGGUAAAAGUUGACUCGAAUGCGAGGAGGAACACAGAAGCCGACGUGAGCGACGCGCGAGCGAGGUAUCUCGAGCGGAAACGCAAAGCUGCGGGAGGCGCGUAG